AUGGAAAUCGACCAAGACACCUCCUCCCCUUCUCCAUUCCAAGACACAAACUAUCGCACCUGGAAGAAGAAUACUCCUUUCUUAUACGACUUGCUUAUCACUCAUGGUCUCACAUGGCCCAGUUUAACCUGCCAAUGGUUUCCCGAUGUCGAAAGACGACCCGAUCAGAACUACAAAGCACAACGUCUUUUACUGGGCACGCAUACAAACGACAACGAGCCCAAUUAUCUCCAAAUAGCCACUGUACAACUGCCCAUCGAUCUUGACAAGGUGGAUACACGUAAAUACGAAGAACAUACCAAUGAGAUUGGUGGCUAUGGUGGAUACAACGAUGCCCAUGUUCGAAUUAUACAAAAGAUUGUGCAUGAAGGCGAAGUGAAUCGAGCACGAUAUCAAUACGACAAUCCCAAUAUCAUCGCCACAAAGUCAAAAUCAGGCAACGUCUAUGUCUUCGAUCGUACAACCUAUGAGUCAUUUCCCAAGGAACAUGAGCCAUUCAAUCCUGCAUUACGAUUACAAGGUCAUACAAAGGAAGGGUAUGCAUUGGAAUGGAAUCCACAUAGUACACGUUCAAGUCAUGUCCUGAGUGGUGGUUUCGAUGGCUUAAUAUGUGAAUGGGACAUUGCAGCUGCAUCCAAAGAAAAACGUACAUUACAACCAUCACGGACCUAUUGUGGACACACGGCGGGUGUGGAGGAUAUUGCAUGGAAUUGGCGACAUGAUUCUAUAUUUGCAUCAGCAGGCGAUGAUCGGCAAAUGAUGAUAUGGGAUACACGAGAUGAAGCGGGUGGCAAAGCUAUUCACAAUGUACGCGCUCAUGCAGCCGAAGUCAAUUGCGUUUCGUUUUCUCCUGGCAGUGAAUGGAUAUUGGCCACUGGAUCUUCCGAUAAGACCGUGGCACUGUGGGAUUUGAGAAACCUCAAGGCAAAAAUUCACGUCAUGCAACAUCACAAGGAAGAAGUCUAUCACCUUGCAUGGUCACCACAUCACGAGACAAUUCUAGCAACAGCCGGUAGUGACCGACAAGUAUUGGUGUGGGACGUGGCACGGAUCGGUGACGAUAAACCUAUAUCUGGCGAUGGCCCUCCUGAAUUAUUGUUUAUUCAUGCGGGCCAUAUUGGCGGCAUUGCUGAUUUCGGGUGGAAUCCUGCUGAACCAUGGUCUUUGGCAAGUGCGGAUGAGGACAAUACACUUCACGUGUGGCAAAUGGCACGCACUAUCUAUGGUCACGAGCAGCAAUGA